AUGGCGGGAGCAGUGCCUCUGGCGCCGCCGAUGGUGGCCGCGGCGAGGCCGGCGGCGGGCUCGCUCUACGAAGCGCUGCGCGUGGGCCGCGCGGCGACGCAGGUGGAGAUCAGGACCGCGUACCGCUCCAUGGCCAAGCGCCUCCACCCCGACGUCGCCUCCUGCGGCCGCGGGGGUCCCGAGGCGUUCCUGGAGAUCCGGAGGGCGUACGAGACGCUGUCCGACCCGGCCGCCAGGGCGCGCUACGACAGCUCGCUCGGGGUGUUCCGCGGCGAGGGCGCCGGCGGCGUGAUGCGGGUGCGGAGGUGGGAGACGGACCAGUGCUGGUGA